AUGAGCACAGCCGCCACCGCUGCUACUACCACCAAUCCCAACACCGUUGUUGAGGAGAAGACGCCCGAGAUUGUGAGCUCUGCUGCCUCAUCCAUUACACAGAUCAAUACCCCUACCCAAGAGAUUGAAAAACCGAAAUGGGGCCAAGCUGAUGCAUACGAUGAUGCUGAUGGUGGCUAUGGUUGGUUCGUGGUCGUUGGAUGCUUGUUGGCACAAUUCACCUCCUUUGGUCCUGCAUUGAGUUGGUACGUUGAAUUGAUGCUUGAUAUGACAACGAUGUAUUGA